AUGGCGUCCAACUCCGGUCAACUCUCGCCUCUUCGUGGUGUUACUCGGCACAUCACCGGCCACAAUGCCGAAGGGAAAGCAGUAAUCCAUUCAUCGAACGCGGGGCAAUGGGAGUCGCUGGACGAAAGCUCCAUGGCAUUCAACGUUGUCUACACCUCCCAGUUCCCCGCAGACCUGAACAACGAUGCGGACCUCAGGGCGCACGAGAAAGUCCAGCAAUCAAAGCAUAUGGGUCUGGUCAACCCUGGCGGAACCGUAUGCCGCAUUGUGGACUUUGCCCCCAACAACACGGCCGUCGUUCACCGGACUCAGAGUCUGGACUACGGUGUGGUCCUCGAGGGCCAAAUUGAAUUGAUCCUGGAGGAGGGCGAGCCAACCCUCAUGCAUCGUGGGGAUGUCGCAGUGCAGCGGGCCACGAUGCACGGCUGGCGAAACCCCAGCGAGACCGAAUGGGCGCGGAUGCUCUUCGUGCUGCAGGACUGCCAGAAAUUGACUGUGGCUGGAAAGGAAAUGGGUGAAGAACUGGGAAUUGCGACCGGCAUCAUCCCCCCAAGUGGGAAUAGCCAGCCCAAGGAAUCCUCUUCUCUUUAA